UUGCUUAAACUUUUAAGAAUUAAAAAAAAUAUAAAAAAUAAUGUAAUUAUGGAAGACACGACGCUUAAUCAAGCAUCACAAACACCGUGGCUUAUGAGACACGUGUCGGUCAUGGAGCUCUCCGUGUCUCUUUCUCUCUCGCUCUCGCCUCUGUCUCGUGUUCUCUCUCAAAACAAUCGACGGUGAUCUCUCGUCGAUCUUGUCCUUGUCGGAACCAGUUGAUGAUGUCUUUGGACGGAAUCAAUCUGCGUGUCCUUGGCUCUCCUCAACGCCUCCUUGAUCUCUCCUCGAAGAUGAAAGCUAAUGAGCAUUCAUCAAUCCUUUCUUCGUCGCAUGUGUAUUAGCAGUCCCCGAGUUAAGAUUCUUUUCAGUUGCUAAGCCCAGUAGAAGAUUGAGAUUGGGAUUACAAAAGAAUAUGACUUGGAGUGUUUGCAGGGAUCAGAGCAGUUCAUCCCGAAACUGAAGCCCAUGCACAAGAAGCUAUAGAAGCAAUCAAAUCCGAGAAAGUUAUCGCUGUGCCAACAGAUACCCUGUAUGGAUUCUCCUGUGAUGCUUGCGGUGAACCUGAUAUAUGAGAUCAAAGGCCGGAAGCUUACAUGCCCUUUAGCCAUCUGCGUUGGAGAUGUAUCAGAUAUUGAGAGAGUUGCUACCACAAAUCACAUACCUCACGGUUUACUCCACUCGCUCUUGCCUGGUCCAGUCACUCUUGUCCUUCAACGAGGUGAGUCAAGCAUUCUUGAAAGAUCAUUAAAACCUGGGAUUGAUACCAUUGGAGUAAGGGUUCCAGAUUGUGAUUUCAUUAGGGAAGUAUCCAGAGGUUUGGGCAGUGUAUUGGCUCUUACAAUUGCUAAUCUAAAAGGGCGUCAAGGACCAACAAUAGUUGAUUUGAGUAAAGUAGGAAAGUAAAAGGUCAUUAGACCUGGAAGCGCAGAGCAAGCAACAGUAGCAAUUCUUGAGAAGUAUUUGGAAGAAUGUUAAGAGAAGGAAGCUGGUUAUAAACUCUGAAUCUGACUUUGAAGAAUUUGAAGGUUUUGCUUUGGUUCUUACUCUGUUUUUGGUAUUGGUUUAAGUUAUCAGCUCAUAUGCAUGUUUUUUUUUUUGAACAUUUUCUUGCUCAUAUGCAUGUUUAUUUUGUUCAUUUAUUAUACAAUGAUCUUGUGAUGGAAGCUUGUCAUCACAUAAUGGUUUGUAAAUUAGUUAAAUGUAUUGGGAGCUCUUUAACAAGAUUUCCCAGAAUUCCAGUCCAGCUUCGUUUCAGCUGGUUUUUACCUCUUCGAAGAAUUCUGAACCACGCAAAUUCAAGGUUUAUUACUUUGGUGCCUACUGGUAUCGAUAUGUCUUUAUUAGCUACUGUUUUUUUCUCCUUCUCUGUACUGGAGUAUGUUUGCAGUAGUUGGUUUAUGAAUUACGACCAGUUUGGUCAUGAACUCUAUAUUGGAAGGAAUGAUUAAGC